UUAAAAAAUAAUUUAAUUCGUUGUGCGAACGCAGUGGCAGUCAUUCAGUCAAUACACAUCGUGCAAAGACAACUUCAUAUUAAUCGUGCAUACAAAAAUGGAUGGUGUAAUUGCAAUGAAUCAUGUGGUGGAAUCCGACAAGGAGAAGAGGCAAUUUAAACUGAAAAUUAUGGAGCUCGAGCACGAAAUGAGGAUGGAAAAGGAUCCAGCUCGCGCCAAGAUGAUCGAGGAGCACAUUGGGAAAUUGAAAAAACUGGAUGAGGAGAACCAAAAGCGGAACUUGGAAAUUGCAAAGGUCAACGUAAUGCUAAUGACGUCGAAUAUGAAGUAUAGAGUGGCUUCUAAUAUUAUUAACAACUUUUAAAUCCAAAUUGCUUCCAAUAGUGGAUCCUGGUUAGGCAAAGCUGCUUGUAAUUUUGAUCAAAAUGCAUAAUUUGUUAAUUAAUAAAUUGCAUGAAUAAAAUACAUUUUUGUACACAUUA